AUGAACACCAUCAACGGUGGUUCCUACCACAGCUCCUCCCAAAUGUCUCCGAUAGAUAUCAUCUUUCCCGGUUUCAGUAUGGUCUCUGCCUCCGCACGCCAGCUGCUUGCUGGCGACCCGGACAGCUACACACGACUUCUUUGUACUUUCGGGAUUUUUAUCCUCUUCGCCCGCUAUGCAGUCCGCUAUGUUUGGGAGAUAGUGAGAAGUUACUUCACAUCGACAAUUUAUGUCUCAUAUUACGACGAAGCAUACGAUAUGCUAGUUGAUUGGAUAGCUGACCAACCAUUUGUCCACAAUGCCCACUCAUUGAUUGCUCGCGUAAGAUCUCCACAGCGGGCAAACAACCAAUGUUCGACAAAGAAAAAGCCGUUGACCUUUUCUCCUUGGGAUGGAUCUUUUUUGUUUUGGUAUAAAGGGCAUUUGCUUGUCCUUCACUGCGCGGUCAAAGAGCAUCGAGAAGAUCUCUAUAUCUCUUCCAUUGGUCUUAAUGCAAAUAUUCUGAAGGAUCUCAUCGAAGAGUGUCGCGAGAAGUAUCUCAAGGAUACGCAGAGAAAAGUCUCUGUCUUUGAACACCGCGAGGGAGAGUGGAAGAAAGCCAGAGUGAGACCGGUCCGACCCAUCUCCACAGUCAUCAUGGAUAAGCAGGUAAAGGACGAUGUUUUAAGAGACGUGGACGAGUUUCUCGACCAAGAGAUGCAAGACUGGUACGCAGAACGUGGCAUUCCGUAUAAACGAGGUUACCUUCUGUUUGGACCCCCUGGAACUGGAAAAUCCAGCUUCAGUCUAUCACUCGCGGGGAAGCACGAACUGGAUAUUUAUACGCUUCAAUUAUCGAAUAUUUCGGACAGCAAGCUCAUGAAGCUAUUUGCUGAGCUUCCGCCGCGCUGUAUUGUUCUCUUAGAGGACGUCGAUACCGCUGGGGUGGGACGCAGGGACAGCGUUGACGCAGACCAAGAAACCGAGUCAAAGUCAGCAGUCACCCUAUCCGGCCUUUUGAAUGUGCUUGACGGUGUCUCAUCUCAAGAAGGCCGGAUACUAAUCAUGACGACCAAUCAUAUUGAACAUCUGGACGAAGCACUUAUUCGGCCUGGGCGCUCAGACAAGAAAGUACAUUUCAAGCUUGCCGAUCAGAACAUCUCGACUCAGCUCUUCCACACGGUCUUCAAGCAGUCGCCGAACCAAAAGCAAUGCAAUGAGGAAUAUGAUGACAAGACGAUCGAGGGGCUUGCUCGUGACUUCGCCAGCAAGAUGCCGGAGCAAGUAUUCAGCCCAGCAGAAGUCCUAUCGUUCCUUUUGGAGCGAAAGAAGUCACCUUCAGAUGCUGUCUCUUGCGUGGAGAGCUGGGUGACGAAAGCAAGGUAUUGA